AUGGGGCUGCCAGCGAGGCGCUCUGCGUCCCGGAGCCCGGGCACUGCGGGCCCGCGCCGGGGGGUCCUGCAGCUGCUGCCGCUGCUCCUGCUGCUGCUGCUGCGCCCGGGAGCUUGCGGGGCUGCGGCUCAGGGCGAGGCGGAGGCACCCACCUUGUAUCUGUGGAAGACGGGUCCGUGGGGCCGGUGCAUGGGAGAUGAAUGCGGGCCAGGAGGCAUUCAGACCCGGGCCGUGUGGUGUGCUCACAUGGAAGGCUGGACGACGUUACAUACAAACUGUAAGCUGGCCGAGAGACCCAGUAACCAGCAGAUCUGUUUCAAAGUGUGUGACUGGCACAAAGAGUUGUAUGACUGGAGCCUGGGACCCUGGAAUCAGUGUCAGCCUGUGAUUUCCAAAAGCCUAGAGAAACCCCUUGAGUGCAUUAAGGGGGAGGAAGGCAUUCAGGUGAGAGAGAUAACGUGCAUCCAGAAAGAGAAGGGCAUUCCUGCAGAGGAUAUCAUUUGUGAGUACUUUGAGCCCAAACCUCUCCUGGAACAGGCCUGCCUCAUCCCCUGCCAGCAAGACUGCAUCGUGUCAGAGUUUUCUGCCUGGUCUGAGUGCUCCAAGACGUGCGGCAGUGGGCUCCAGCACCGGACACGUCACGUGGUAGCACCCCCCCAGUUUGGAGGUUCUGGCUGCCCAAACUUGACAGAGUUUCAGGUGUGCCAGUCCAGCCCCUGUGAAGAGGAAGAGAACAUGUACAGCUUGCAUGUGGGUCCCUGGAGCUCAUGCUCGAUGCCCCACUCAAGACAAGUGAGACAAGCACGGAGACGUGGAAAGAAUAAAGAACGGGAAAAGGACCGAGGCAAAGGAGUGAAGGAUCCAGAAGCCCGUGAACUUAUUAAGAAAAAGAGAAACAGAAAUAGACAGAACCGGCAAGAGAACAAAUACUGGGACAUCCAGAUUGGAUAUCAGACCAGAGAGGUUAUGUGCACUAACAAGACGGGGAAAGCUGCUGAUUUGAGCUUCUGCCAGCAAGAGAACCUGCCAAUGACCUUCCAGUCCUGUGUGAUCACCAAAGAGUGCCAGGUGUCAGAGUGGUCAGAAUGGAGUCCCUGCUCAAAAACGUGCUAUGACACGGCAUCCCCCAAAGGCACUCGUGUCAGGACGCGGAUCAUUAGGCAGUUUCCUGUUGGCAACGAGAAAGAGUGUCCAGAACUUGAAGAAAAAGAACCCUGUGCGUCUCAAGGAGAUGCAGUUGUCCCGUGUGCCACGUACGGCUGGAGAACUACAGAGUGGACCGAGUGCCGUGUGGACCCUUUGCUCAGUCAGCAGGACAAGAGGCGGGGUAACCAGACAGCCCUCUGUGGGGGAGGGGUCCAGACACGAGAGGUAUACUGCGUGCAGGCCAAUGAAGACCUCCUCUCACACUUAAACACCCACAAGGACAAAGAAGCCUCAAAACCGGUGGACUUGAACUCAUGCACUGGCCCCGUCCCUAAUACUACACAACUGUGCCACAUUCCCUGUCCUGUUGAAUGUGAGGUGUCACCUUGGUCGGCUUGGGGACCUUGUACUUACGAAAACUGUAAUGACCAGCAAGGCAAAAAAGGUUUCAAACUGAGGAAGCGGCGUAUCACCAAUGAGCCCACUGGAGGCUCUGGGGGCACUGGGAACUGUCCUCACUUACUGGAAGCCAUUCCCUGUGAAGAGCCAUCCUGCUAUGACUGGAAAGCAGUGAGGCUUGGAGACUGUGAACCAGACAAUGGAAAAGAGUGUGGCCCAGGCACUCAAGUUCAGGAGGUGGUGUGCAUCAACAGUGACGGAGAAGAAGUUGACAGACAGCUGUGCAGAGAUGCCAUCUUCCCCAUCCCUGUUGCCUGUUACGCCCCGUGCCCAAAGGACUGUGUGCUCAGCAUGUGGUCUUUGUGGUCCUCCUGCUCACACACCUGCUCGGGGAAAACUACAGAAGGGAAGCAGAUACGGGCACGGUCCAUUCUGGCCUAUGCCGGUGAGGAAGGUGGAGCUCACUGUCCAAAUAGCAGUGCUUUGCAAGAGGUGCGCAGCUGUAACGAGCACCCCUGUACCGUAUACCACUGGCAAACUGGUCCCUGGGGCCAGUGCAUCGAGGACACUUCAGUGUCGUCCUUCAACACAACCACAACUUGGAAUGGAGAGGCCUCUUGCUCUGUUGGCAUGCAGACAAGGAAAGUCAUCUGUGUGCGGGUCAACGUGGGCCAAGUAGGACCCAAAAAGUGUCCUGAAAGCCUUCGACCUGAAACAGUGAGGCCCUGUCUCCUUCCUUGCAGGAAGGACUGUCUCGUGACGCCAUAUAGUGACUGGACAUCAUGUCCCACCUCAUGUAAAGAAGGGGACUCUGGAGUCAGAAAGCAGUCUCGGCACCGGGUCAUCAUUCAGCUGCCAGCCAACGGAGGCAGAGACUGCCCGGACCCGCUCUAUGAAGAGAAAGUCUGUGAGGCCCCUCCAGUGUGCCAAAGCUACAGGUGGAAGACUCACAAAUGGCGCAGGUGCCAGCUGGUUCCCUGGAGUGUGCGACAGGACAGCCCCGGAGCGCAGGAAGGCUGCGGGCCUGGACGCCAGGCAAGAGCUAUUACUUGUCGAAAGCAAGAUGGAGGACAGGCUGGCAUCCAUGAAUGCCUUUGGUAUGCAGGCCCCGUGCCAGCCCUCACCCAGGCCUGCCAGAUCCCCUGCCAAGAUGACUGUCAGUUUACCAGCUGGUCCAAGUUUUCUUCUUGCAACGGAGACUGUGGUGCGGUUAGGACCAGAAAGCGCACUAUUGUUGGAAAAAGUAAAAAGAAGGAAAAAUGUAAAAAUUCUCAAUUGUACCCCCUGAUUGAGACUCAGUACUGUCCUUGUGACAAGUAUAAUGCACAGCCUGUGGGGAACUGGUCAGACUGCAUUUUACCAGAGGGGAAAGUGGAAUUGUUGCUGGGAGUGAAAACACAAGGAGAUACCAAGGAAUGUGGUCAAGGAUAUCGUUACCAAGCAAUGGCAUGCUACGACCAAAAUGGCAGGCUCGUGGAAACGUCCAGAUGUAACAGCCAUGGUUACAUCGAAGAGGCCUGCAUCAUCCCGUGUCCCUCCGACUGCAAGCUCAGCGAGUGGUCCAACUGGUCCCGCUGCAGUAAGUCCUGUGGGAGCGGCGUGAAGGUUCGGUCCAAGUGGUUGCGUGAAAAACCAUAUAAUGGAGGGAGGCCUUGCCCCAAACUGGACCAUGUCAACCAGGCACAGGUGUAUGAGGUGGUCCCUUGCCACAGUGACUGCAGCCAGUACAUAUGGGUCUCAGAGCCGUGGAGCAUCUGCAAAGUGACCUUUGUCAACAUGCGAGAUAACUGUGGAGAGGGCGUGCAAACCCGGAAAGUGAGAUGCAUGCAGAACACAGCAGAUGGCCCUUCUGACCAUGUAGAAGAUUACCUCUGUGAUCCAGAAGAGAUGCCCCUGGGCUCUAGAGAGUGCAAAUUGCCAUGUCCCGAGGAUUGUGUGAUAUCUGAAUGGGGCCCCUGGACCCGAUGCACUUUGCCUUGCAGUCAAAGCAGUUUCCGGCAAAGGUCAGCUGAUCCCAUCAGACAACCUGCUGAUGAAGGAAGAGCCUGCCCUAAUGCUGUUGAGAAGGAACCUUGUAACCUGAACAAAAACUGCUUCCACUACGAUUAUAAUGUAACAGACUGGAGUACGUGUCAGCUGAGUGAGAAGGCAGUUUGUGGAAAUGGCAUUAAAACAAGGAUGUUGGAUUGUGUUCGAAGUGAUGGCAAGUCGGUUGACCUGAAAUAUUGUGAAGAGCUUGGCCUGGAGAAGAACUGGCCGAUGAACACAUCCUGCAUGGUGGAAUGCCCAGUCAACUGUCAGCUUUCCGACUGGUCUCCUUGGUCAGAAUGUUCUCAAACAUGUGGCCUCACAGGAAAAAUGGUCCGAAGACGCACAGUGACCCAGCCCUUUCAGGGUGAUGGGCGGCCAUGCCCUGCCCUGAUGGAACAGUCCAAGCCUUGCCCAGUGAAACCCUGUUACCAGUGGCAGUAUGGCCAGUGGUCUCUAUGCCAAGUGCAGGAUGCCCAGUGUGGCGAAGGGACCAGAACAAGGAACAUUUCUUGUGUAGUGAGUGAUGGAUCAGCUGAUGAUUUCAGCAAAGUGGUGGAUGAAGAAUUCUGUACUGACAUUGAACCCAUCAUAGAUGGUAAUAAAAAAAUGGUUCUCGAGGAGACCUGCACCCAGCCUUGCCCAGGUGACUGUUAUCUGAAGGACUGGUCUUCGUGGAGCCUGUGUCAGCUAACCUGUGUGAAUGGUGAAGACCUAGGCUUUGGUGGAAUACAGGUCCGUUCCAGAGCUGUGAUUAUACAGGAACUAGAAAAUCAGCAUCUGUGCCCAGAGCAAAUGUUAGAAACAAAAUCAUGUAAUGAUGGACAGUGUUAUGAGUAUAAAUGGAUGGCCAGUGCCUGGAAGGGUUCUUCCCGAACAGUCUGGUGUCAAAGGUCAGAUGGUAUAAAUGUAACAGGGGGCUGUUUGGUGGUGCGCCAGCCUGAUGCUGACAGGUCUUGUAACCCACCGUGUAGUCAACCCCACUCAUACUGUAGUGAGAUGAGGACAUGCAGUUGUGAAGAAGGGUACACUGAAGUCAUGUCUUCUAAUGGUACACUUGAGCAGUGCACACUUAUCCCUAUGGUGGUGAUACCCACUGUGGAGGACAAAAGAGGAGAUGUGAAAACCAGCCGGGCAGUACAUCCCACCCAAUCCUCCAGUAACCCCACAGGACGGGGAAGGACCUGGUUUCUACAGCCAUUUGGGCCAGAUGGGAGACUAAAGACCUGGGUUUACGGUGUAGCAGCUGGGGCAUUUGUGUUACUCAUCUUUAUUGUCUCCAUGAUUUAUCUAGCUUGCAAAAAGCCAAAGAAACCCCAAAGAAGGCAAAACAACCGACUGAAACCUUUAACCUUAGCCUACGAUGGAGAUGCAGAUAUGUAAAAUAGAACUUCCCCAGGCAACAACCAGUUUCAGCUUUCUGACUUUGCAGUAGACAUCCAACAGCCACAAAGCUCUUCAUACUAUGUGAAUUCGAAUGCAUUGUAACUUUUUAAAAGAACAUCAAAGAGUGAAAAUCAGUGCCAAUGGAGAUACCAAGAUAGUACCACUUAUGUAAAAAUAAAAAAUCAGCGAUGAGAAUUCUAGGAGAUUUAGUUGGCUACAGGCUGCAUUCUGAGAGAUUUUUGUGUGAUCUUUUCAGAAAUCUACCAACUGACCAUUCACUUUCAUCUUUAAAAUACGGUUGUGGAAUUGGUCAGUUAGAACACCUGAUGCAAGCCUCUGUCGGCAGUGUUAACCCAUAGUAACAUUUUAGCAGGAAGAGUUUAUACCAAGAUCUCUACAAUAUUAUAGUCAACAUAACAACAUGUAUACUCAAUUGAAUGAUACACAUUACUAUGUCAGACUGUGUACUUGUUAAUAAGCAGUUUUAAUGGUGAAUAAGAGAUAAGCUCUAAGCUGAGCAGAGAAUCCAUUGAGUAAGUUCAGCAUCUUGGUGGUUGAUGGUAGCUUUCAUUAACCUGCAUUUCAGAGGCAAAGACUCUUUUAUAAGAUUUAAUUCUUGUCUUUCUCCAAAGUACGAAUGCUGGACAUGUACUAGUAUCUUAGAGAAAAAAAAAAAAAAGUCCUCAAGUUCAGUAUUUUAUAGUGGUUAUUGUCUGGAAAACUAAUUUGCUUGUGUUAAUACAUUUCUACUUUCCCUAAUUUUCAAACUGGUUGACUGCAUCUCUUUUGCUAUAUGGAAGGCAUAUUUUUGCACUAUAUUAGUGCAGCAUGAUAGGCACUUAACCAGGAUUGCCAUAGAAACUGCCUCUUUUCAUAUGGGAUGAAGACACCUGUG